GGUCGUUCCAAUCUUGAAAUUCAACAAAAACAACACCAUCAAAAACAUUUAUUUGAAUAGAACACUAAGAUCAAGAAAGAUGCAAUGUAGUUAUCGAAGACUCAUAAUUUAGAUUGCGCAAACAACAUCGUCAACCCAUUAGUCACAUAGUAGAUAAGCUCCAACUUUCACUAAUUUCCUUAUCUAAUUCAAAAACAAGAACAAUCGAAUCAGUAUGCAGUGCAAUAUUAAAUUACUGAAAACCAAAACAAGCAUAGUCUUUGAUCAAAAACUACUCAUAAGGCAAUAUUAAACUCAAACACGAUAAGAAUUAGUAACAAAAUUAACAAAAUCUGAAGAAAGCAAACCUAAAAUCAUUGUUCUAACUUCAAGACAAAUCCAAUCGAUAUCGAAAUGAAUCCACGCUUUAGAUUCGGUUGGGGAAUUUAGUUUCUCGUCGAUUUGGUCUAAAUAUAUAGAUUGUCCAGGACGUGGUGGAAAUACAGGAGGUUGCUGGAACUGGUGAUGGGAUUAGUGGAGGUGAAUCUAUUUGUAGCGGCGGAUGUGAUGGCGGAGGAUGUGGUAGUGGUGGCGGCAGUCGUUGGAGAGAGAUGGAGAGAAUCUCGAUCUCGAAAGAUAAAACUGAAAAGGAUUGAUACAAAAUUGAGUCAGCCAAAUAACUUGCCGACUUAAAAGCAAAUCCUCUCUUUCUCUCCUCUUAGGUCGUCAUAAGAAACCCUACUUCUAUCCAUUGUAUCCAGAUUAGGGUCUCAGAUCGUGCAGUAGAGAUGGAGGGCUCCGGCGCUCCCGAUUCACCCUUUAGAUGUAUAAUUGUCCCAAGAUCUCGAUUGUUACUAGAGAUUCCAGCUUUACCCGAAAUACUUGUUCUUGAAAAUCCAGAGCAGCUUCAGACAUGUUUCCAAGAAUUUUUGGAUGAUUACACUAGAGCUCGUCAGAAUAAAUCAUCUGAUCCUCGUAAAUUUGCUGAUUGUGAAGGUAAUCUUAUUAGAGUACUUUCAAGGUUCAGAACUUUCAAAUUUGAAUUUCCUGAAUUUUAUUCCCCCGUAUUAAAGCUUCCGGCUAUUCAAUCGAUGAUUAGUUUAUUAGAAGAUGAUGAAUGUGGGAGCCUUUUAGCUAGUUAUAUUCUUAUUACAUUCGAAAAGUUAACUGAUCCGGAUAUUUUAAUAUAUGAUCAACAUGAAGAAGCUACCGUUUUCGUUAAGUCUCUGGUUAAGUCUGAAGCCUUAAACGUAUUUGUUUCUACUCUUGAUAAGUUUCCUGGAUAUGAUGAUGUUUAUUUCCCAGCACUUCAAACAAUUGCGCAGAUGAUAUUUCUUCAUCCAUAUGUAGCAGAUACCGCGGGUAAGCAUACCCAUCUGAUGGAAUGGGUGUUUAAAGCACUAGGAGCUCCCGAAUGGGAUGAACUAAAACAAUAUGUUGUAGGGUUAUUAGAUACUCUUUUGAUGUCUAGUAAGGAAAAUAGACUUCAAUUUGGUAAAUCGGGUGCUGUAACUCUUGUAGUAAAUGCUCUUACAUCCCUUGAAAGUCCUAACGAAGAACAAGAAGAAGCCCCGCUGGAUUAUGAAGACGAAGAAUACCUGGUGGAGACUUUGUUUAGUUGUUUACUUUUUCUAUUAGAAUGUCCGGAGAAUAUAGUGAGUUUUGUUGAUGCUGAAGGAGUUGAGUUAAUGAUUAAAUUUAUUCAGCAAGAGGAAUUCGGUUAUUGUUAUGGGUCUGCAAUUGAGGCACUUGAUAUUGCAGUGAAAGUUUGUCAGUCUGCUUCUGAGAAAUUUGUGAAACAUGCUUUGGCAUGGAACACUGCUUUCCCGCCUUCCAUGGAUAAGAUUCCACCAAGCGUUACGCACGUGAAAGAAAAAACAGAAGCGCGCCAUAUAUCUCUAAUCGCAUCAUUAACUGGUGGCAUUGCCAAGACAGAAAAAGGUAUCUUGUUAAAAAAGUUUGAGGAGGAUGAUUUCGAAAGAAUCACCUGGCUUAUGGAGCUCUAUAGAGGAUAUUCUGAAGAAGUUGAAGCAAUGGCGAAUCGUCUUGAAGAUGAAGAGUAUGAGCUCUGCAUGGAAAAACUGCGAUAUGAAUCCACAGUUCAGUCGAUUGCUGUUAUUCUUGGUUAUCUUUUGUCCGAGGAUCCUACAACACGAAAUAAAAUUGAAAAUCGAUUAACUCAUCACAACUUAAAGAAGAAACAUGUGCAGGAUUUUAUCUUGGUAUAUCGAGACAGCAUUGGCAAUGCGGGCGAAUCAGUAGAAAGUGCAGAGACAGUGAUGGUGGAAAGCACUGAUUCCCUUGAGGAAAAUUCUAAACAAGGGAUGGAGCUGGAUGUAAAGGAAAAUCCUGAGAAGAGGAUGGAGCUGGAUGUAAAGGAAAGUGCAAAGACAGUGAUGGAGGAAAGCACUGGCAAUGCGGGCGAAUCAGCAGAAAGUGCAAAGACAGUGAUGGAGGAAAGCACUGAUUCCCUUGAGGAAAAUUCUAAACAAGGGAUGGAGCUGGAUGUAAAGGAAAAUCCUGACAAGAGGAUGGAGCUGGAUGUAAAGGAAAGUGCAAAGACAGUGAUGGAGGAAAGCACUGGCAAUGCGGGAGAAUCAGUAGAAAGUGCAAAGACAGUGAUGGGGGAAAGCACUGAUUCCCUUGAGGAAAAUCCUGACAAGAGGAUGGAGCUGGAUGUAAAGGAAAAUCCUGACAAGAGGAUGGUGCUGGAUGUAAAGUACCAGACGCGACAGAGCUUUCAACUUUCCAAACACACUGGCACACUCCAUCAAUAAAGAUUUAUCUUUCCAUUUAACACAUUCCAGGUUACCUGAGCUAGGAGCCUCCAUAAUAGAUUUGUUGUCCCCUUCUAUUAUAAUUUGAAUGAAAUUCUUGCUAGCAAUCCAAUUAAGAGCAUAUAAAACAGCAAGGGCUUCAGCUUGAUGAAUAUCUCUAGCCCCUAUUGUGAAGGCCAUGGCUUCCAAAAAUCUUCCCGUAUGAUUGCGAAGAACUAAAGACACACCUCCAUCAAUAAAUAUUUAUAUUUCCAUUUAACA